AUGGAUACUCUAUCAUGGAUCCUUGUGGCGCUAACGGUUAUUUUUUUGAUCGGGCCAGCCCUGCUCAAAAACCGCUCACCUAUCCCCGAGACCUCGGAAAAAGUCGUCAAAAUAAGCGAGGCUGCCGAGCUUGACGCUGUUCUCUCCUCCACCGCCGGUGUAGUAGUUGACUUUUAUGCCGACUGGUGUCCACCGUGUCGUGCAAUUGCGCCAAUCUUUUCAAAACUGGCAGAAGAACACUCUUCAAAAGGCAAACUCGCGUUCGUCAAGGUCAACGUUGACCAUGUUAAAAAUGUUGCUCAGCGAUACAACAUCUCAGCGAUGCCGACAUUUGUAUUCUUUCAGGACGGCGCGCCGCGGGGAGUAGCUGUGGAGGGUCUCAAAGCGCGCAGCUCGGUCAAGGUCUCUGCCGAUGGCUCGGUGGACAGAAUCCUUGGCGCAGAUAAAGGAUCCCUGGAGGCUACGGUCCAGGCAUUGUCGCGUCAGCUUCGGGGUUAG